AAAAACGGGUAUAUUUUAAUAAAAAAAUAAUAUGAAAGUAUUUUUGAUUAAUAGAUAAAAAAAAAAUAUUUUUCAACUUAUCCCAAAAAAAAAGAAUUUAGUGUUGCAAUAGGCCCAGGCCCAUAAUUGUUGGUACAGAUUGGGCCCAGUCCAAAAAUCCGUACAAUAUUUAUGCAAAAAAGUUCGAAUUUGGCGCUAAAUUCAGAAAAUUUCAGACGAACUAAAGAAGAAGAUAAUUCAUGUAUUGUAGCUAAGCACAAAAAACUGGAAGAAAUUUUUACAUAGAAAUGAAAUCAAAGCAAACUCCUUUCAGAGCUGUUGGUCAAAGAUCCAUCGUUUCUUCAUUGCUCAAUCCUUCUUCUAAACCUUCUAGGGUUCCGAAAGAGGGUUGUAAGAAUUUAGAGAACGUGUCUCGUAUUUCUCUCUCGGACUUUCUCCAACGGAAGCUCAACGACGAUUCCGGACUCCCCAAGACUGUCAAAGGUAAAGCUAAGCCUUUUUCUUCUUUGUUGGGACUCAGAGAUGGGUCUGUUGAUGAAAAAAUUGGGGCUUCGAAUGUUGUUGAGAAAGUGGUUCUUGAACAAUUCAAGCAUAUAGAAACUGUAACAAAAGAUGAUUUGGUUGGUUCAAGUAGUGAUAAUGGCAAUAAUGGUGAAGUUGAAAAUAUAGCUUCUGCAGCAGAAUCAAGAAAGAGGAAAAGCUUUGAAGGUUUGAAUGAGAAGCACAUUCCUCGAAAACAGGUGGUAGUUCUAGGAGGAAAUUCAAAAGCCAAGCAGCAAAGAAGGGAUAAGUAUAUCAGGAAUGAGAACCAAGUUCCUACUUAUAAUCACUAUGCAAAUGGUGGUGGCUGGUGGGACUCCAACAUGGAGGGGGUUGACAAUGAAGAAGUUGGCUUUAGUGAGGUAUGGGAAGGAGUUGGUUCCACAACUUUUGGAGGGAGUCUAGAUUGGCAUUGAUCUUCAACCCUUGAUCUUGAAAUGUCCCUUUACUACCAUAUCAUCACCAUGUUUGAACUUUGAAGCUCAAAGUGAUUGACUAUCAGACUUUUCCAAUGGUGCUGGUGCUUUCAUUAGAGCCUUAGCCUGUACAUAACUGCUUUAUGUAACAAUAUCGUCUUAGUUUGUUCAUGGUUGAACACUAAUCAGUUCUCCAUUUUAGAAGGAAAAAUGAUGUAAAAUGCACUUUUUUUCCCCAAAACUGUCAUCACCUUAUGAAUUAGUAAUUUAUUUAUUUGUUUUUUUCUAAUAAA